AUGAAGGCUCUGGGUGUGUCAGAUCCCUCUCAUCAUGUCAUGGUGCCGGCGUUUACCUGUGCUGCGUGCGCCGAUGCCAUCAUCCAUGCUGGUGGCAGGCCGAUCCCCAUCGAUUGUGACUUGGACUCCUACGGCCUUUCGCUGGAAGCUGUGAAGAGUGGCCUGGAAGCCAACAAGGGUGUCGUGGGCAUCGUCAUUGCUCCCUGCUACGGUGUUCCCGCCCGCGACUUCGCAGCCAUUCAGGCUCUUUGUAAGGAGAAAGGCCUCUGGCUCUGCGAGGAUGCCUGCGAGUCCUAUGGAGCCAGCUGCAAUGUACGUGGCUUCAGAGUCCCCGUGGGCUCGAUGGCGACAUUGAGUGUGGUGUCUGUGCGCUCUGAGAAGAUGAUUGGCGUCGGUGAGGGCGGAGCCAUCCUUGGAAAUGAUGCGACCCUGGUCGCCAGGGCCAAGUGGUGGUGCUCCAGGGCACCCUGCAGAGGUGUGGGCUUGUGGCGUGUAUAUGAGCACGACGCAGUCGGGCAAAACUUCCGAAUGCCGGAAAUGCCGCAUCCCCAGUGA